AGGAGACACUGCAAAGCUCAGCCCGUCACCUCCCAUCUGCCGAGCUGUCAGUUGCAGCGCACAUGAACAUCAACGCUGCGGGAGUGGACCAAACGUUGAUAUUCUUAUAACGUCGAAAUAUUUGCUCCUCAAUGUUUUCAUUUAAACCGGGCAAAGACAUCACAGGAUACACGCCCUGUCAUCUCUGUGGACUAAGUACAAACGCGUAGGAAGAGGGCUGAGCCGCUCGCUAGUCGCCGAGCAGCUGGCUAAUGGCAGUAGUUAGCUUGCAGGCUCGAUAGCUGGUGAACGGAGUCCGCUUCUGCUUCUUGCCGUCAUUUGGUUAGAGAAGGUCGGGGAGGCUCAUAUUAGCUGGUAAUUCUAAGCGUCUAGCUACCCUUCAGCAUCUCUAAUGUGCUAUUUUUUAUAUUUAAAAAAACAAGCGCGUGUUCUGUGGGUCAUUUGCCACGGGGGCUUAACAAUUGUUCAUCCUCCGUACGUUUACUGUUUUUACGAAAUUUAGCUUUGAUGUUUGCUAGCUAACAAGCUAUUCUCGGCUAUGCUAACGCUACCUCGGUGAGACUUUACAUCGCAGGAGGUGCAGAGAGCUCCAGUCGAGAGUUAAGGAAGGAAGAGUAGUGACUUAUGAUGUGGGCUGGCGGAGAAGCGUAUGACGGUUAAGUGAAGAAGAGCAAGCAGUAUUAGGCUAAACGCUUCGUAUUUCCUCACGUUAGUUUCUUUCGAGCUAGGGCCACAGCGACAGCCGAGCUCUGUGGGACUUUAGAUGAGGAAAAGAAUCGGGGCACCUUGGUUUGCUGGGAUGGCUAAAUGAAUAGUACUGACACUGCUGAACCGUGAGCUGGUGGCCGCUGUGCCAGCUUCAAGGGAAGACACGCUGUCGGGAUUAUCGCACAGUCUGCAAUAAACCAGCCAGUUUUCUUAAAGAUGGCUUCGGCGAGCAGCAUUGCCGCAUCCAUAGCGAGCAAAACCAAGACCAAGAAAAAACACUUCGUUGCCCAAAAAGUGAAGCUCUUCCGUGCCAGCGACCCUCUGUUCAGCGUGGUUAUGUGGGGAGUCAACCACUCGAUAAACGAGUUAAGCCAUGUCCAGAUUCCCAUCAUGCUCAUGCCAGAUGACUUCAAGGCCUAUUCUAAGAUUAAAGUGGACAACCACCUGUUCAACAAGGAGAACAUGCCUAGCCAUUUCAAGUUCAAAGAGUACUGCCCUCUGGUGUUUCGAAACCUCAGGGAGAGGUUUGGCAUCGAUGAUCAGGACUUUUUGAACUCUCUGACACGCAGUGCUCCCUUAAACAGUGAGGCCCAGGGACGCAGCGGGGCCCGCUUCCAUACCUCUUACGACAAACGGUACGUCAUCAAGACCAUCAGCAGCGAGGAUGUGGCCGAGAUGCACAACAUUCUAAAGAAAUACCAUCAGUUUAUUGUUGAGUGCCAUGGCAACACGCUGCUUCCUCAGUUUCUGGGGAUGUACCGGCUCACAGUGGAUGGGGAUGAGACUUACAUGAUUGUUACUCGCAAUGUCUUCUCUCACCGCCUUUCUGUCUACAAGAAAUAUGAUCUCAAGGGGUCCACUGUGGCAAGAGAGGCGAGCGACAAGGAGAAGCAGCCACCCCCAUCAGAGGAUGCCCCCCCACGGCCCAAAUCUGGUAAUGUUCAGCAAAGGCUGCAAACACUGCGGAUUGCCACGCGCUUUUACUGCGCCAUGAAACACGUAAGAGAUGCUAAAGAGCUGCCCACGUACAAGGACAAUGACUUCAUCAACGAUGGGCAGAAGAUCUACAUUAAUGAAGAGAACAAGAAAAUGUUCCUGGAGAAGCUUAGGAAAGAUGUGGAGUUCCUGGCCCAACUGAAGCUCAUGGACUACAGUCUGCUGGUAGGGAUCCACGAUGUUGAGCGAGCUGAGCAAGAGGAAGUGGAAAGCGAGGAGAACGAGGCCGAGGAGGAGGGUGAGAGUGACGGAGGAGGCAUUGGGACCCCCCCUGACAGUCCCAGCAACACCCUGGAUAGUACCAAGCCACUAUCACCUGGAGAGUUCGACCCCACCAUCGACGUCUAUGCCAUUAAAAGCAAUGAAAGUGCUCCCAGGAAGGAGGUUUAUUUCAUGGCUAUCAUAGACAUCCUGCAGCAUUAUGAUGCCAAGAAGAAAGCUGCGCACGCCGCCAAGACUGUCAAACACGGGGCCGGAGCAGAAAUCUCCACGGUGAACCCAGAGCAGUACUCGAAGAGGUUUUACGAUUUCAUCACCACUAUCCUGUCAUAGCCUCCAUGAGUGACGGGGGCAAAGAGGCACAUGAGAAGGGGAGGGAAAGUGGGAAGUUGGGGUGGACUAGAGAAAGUGAUGUAGAGGGAAAGCAUCCAGAGUAAGAGUUAAUGAGGUGCUGUGAUGGCUUUGUGUCACUCUCCCUUAUCCAUUCUCCUCACCUCUGUUUGUUUCCCUCUUUCUCUGUCUCUCUUUUCUGUGGGGUGCCACCUGCUGCAGCUAAAAAGGAAAAAAACAUUGUUCGUUUACAUUCAUCCUCUCCUCUGUUGAAUUCUGUUGUUGUUACUUUGGAUGAUAAAGGCGUUAAAAGGAAGAGACCCAGUCAUUACAUUCUUUUUCUGUUUUGUUUUGUUUUUUUGUUUACGGUCGUUUAUUUGGGAAUAUGGCUUUUUUUUUUCUUUAUUGCCUCUAACACAUCAUCCAGCUCCCUGCAUUUUUUUUAUUUCAAUGUCUGUAUUUGGUUUUCCCAUAUGAUGUUGAGGGGGAAGGUUGGUGGAAGGGUCUGAUGUGGUUAGUGUGAGAACAAGUGGAGGUCGCUCUCAGAGGCGCGAGCGGGGAUAUAAAGAGGAAGUUUACGUUGAGCCUCGUCUAAUGCAAUUCUUCGUAUAAGGAAGUAGGAAGCAGUCUUCCAGCAGGCCAACUGCCAGACCCACACUCGAAUGCUGAACAUGUACUCGGCCAUAUAAAUUUUCCCAUUUAAAUUCCUCCUCGAGCACUCGCCCUUUUGACGCCGCCCCCCCCCUUUCCCCUCUCAUUCCUGUGGUUUUGUUGAAUUGAGCUUCUGGGUUAACCUCUGGCCACAGACUACUUAACUUCAUGUAAAUUAACGCUUGCUUUUAGCUCCAGCACUAGCUGCACCUCUGUGUCUGCACUUUGCUAUCUUUCUGAUUAAGAACUAUUAAUGGAGGAACAUCGAUUGUAAGAUAAGAAGAGGAGCUUCUGUUUGCUGUCCACUUUUCAGUAUGUUCGAUAUAGUUAGCAAGUCACGCUUUCUGUUCCAUGGCAGCAGAGAAUUGCCCAGAAGCCACAUGUGGCUGUUGCUUCUCAAGAGCGAAUCAACUCCGUGUUAUGGUGUCUUUGUACAGGGUGUCAGAUUGAAACAUGAACAGCCCUCAACUUUCUGUUGCCAUCAGCACCUUAUGAGUCAAAUCAUAAAACGUUGCACUUUUAUUUGUUGUAAGAGGUUGUCAGUCUGUUACACGCGCAGCAACAACAACAAAAAAACAAACAAAAAGGAACUCGACUUGUUUAGAUUUUAAUCUUAGAAGCUUGGAUUCAAAUCCCAUCUCCUCCAUUUGUCACCUGUGGGCUCUUCUUACAGGGAUUGGUUGGGAAACAAUUCAAUGCAAUAUUAGGUAAAGUGGGCGAGUUCUGUUAAUCCAGCCUUUCUGACCCUAUAAGAAGAGCCCACAGGUGCUGCAUUGGUGGGAUUUUUGAUACCAGGUGGUAGUGUGAUUGUGUUCAGGGCAAACACAAGACAGUUUACCUCCAGCAUCGUACCAGCACACACCCAGUGGCGGCAGAUGGAGUGUGUGUGUCAGUGUUCAAAGGUCGUAAAGGGGGAGAUGAAAGGGGGAGGGAAUAGUAGAUGUAAAGAUACGUGUUGUUAAGUCAUUAACACCAACAGCAUCGUUCUCUAACCUCAGCUGUGAGUCUGUUAUUCAUCGUUGUCAUUAUGUCAUUAUUGUUGACUUUUUUGUUUGUUUGUUUAUUAAGGUGGAUUUCGUGUAUUUGAAUUUGGUGGAUUUAUGAAUUGACGUGCUAAUAUUUGUUUCGUUUCUGAGUUUGUGUUUUUUUUUCUUUGUAUAUUUUGCACAAGAGGAAAGGAACCAAAUGUUACGAAUACCCAAUUAGCUGAAACGAUCUUAACAAGGGAAAUGCAAUAUUUACAUGUAUGUAAGUGAGAAAAGCUGUUUUUGCGCGUGACGUCGUCUAUCACUUCUGGAUAACCAACUAAAACAAGUAAACUCGUCCUUCUUGGCUGUUAUAACCCAUGCAAAAACACUUCCAUCACAACAUGUUUGUUUAGAUAUCAUAGAUUAUAUUCACAGUUAUUUUUUUACAUUGGAUUUUAGUCCUGAAAAAUGGUUGCAUUUAAAAGGAAAAUUAAAAAAAAAAAAGAGAGAGAGAGAGUCACCCUUCAGAUUGAAUGAUAGUGCUGUGGUAAAUGAAGAAUGAUACUGCUUGAAUUUAAUACAAUUUAUAGAUGUUAGGGGGGGAAACAGUUAACUCAAAUAUGCAUGUCACAGGACUUCGUUUCCUUUCCCCUUCCUUGUCUGUGUUGUUGGCUGUUCUAUUCUCUUUGUGUGUGCUCCCCCUCCCUCCACUUUUACCACAUUCGUGAGAUGUCCAGCAUAAAAAAAGCCCCUGCCAUGCUUUAAAUAACUGUUGUUUUUUUCAUUGUAUACACUGUGCAAGAUGUGUGCCUUUAUACUCCAAAUUAUUUAAUUUUAUAUUUUGUAAUUUUUUUUUAAACAACAGUAAAAUGUUAUUUUAAUAUUAGGGUGUUUACUUUGACGUUUUGUUUUCGACUUUUAUUUCCGACCUUUCACAACAUCUGCAUUUAGAUUUGUAACCUUUCAAUAAUUCAGUUAAAUAAAACCAAUAAUUGUUUUUUAACCUACAUUUAAAAAGAAAAAAAAGUAAGGAGGAAAAAAAAGCAAGCACCUGUGUAAUGUUUGAACACAGUGGGUUGGUUUUGGUUGUGUAAAUUUACAUUCCCAGGCAUCCUUUUCCUUCUCCUCAAACUGGAGAUGCUGUUUGUGUCUGUUGUUGGUUCAUGCUGGUCCUGCCUUUAUAAUUUAAAAAAUAAAAUUAAAAUAGGAGGUAAUAUAGUGUGCGUGUGUGGAAGUGCAUUGUGGAGUGUGUUUUUUUUGUGACUUUUUUUUGUAUAUUUACCCACCAGUCACAUGUGCAUUUUCAGAUGUGAUUUUUUUUUUUAAGUGUUUUUCCCAGAUUCCACUUCAGUGUAUUCAUUAAUGAAACCAGCUUCUGUUCUUUCCGUGUAACUCAGAUCACCUGCUUGUUGUCAAGGAGGUUAUCAGCUGAUAGUUCAUCCUGUGUCAGUGAUUAGUGAAUAUUAUUUUUGUGUUGUUUCACUGUAAAUGGGCUGUUUUGUUUCUGUUGUCGCGUAGCUCCUACUGUACAUAGGACGUGUCGAAAAAGAACAUGUGGAAACGAGGGAGCUGAUUGGGCCCCAGAGAUCUCCUUGUGUAAGCUUUGGAAAGGAAACGGUGAACUUCACCAGAUGCAAAUUAAAAACAGUAACACCCAUGCCCUGUAACUGUACCGUGAAAUGAACAGUCCCUGCUUUUUGUGACUUCUUUUGUGAAUGAAUGAACUUCUCCCAGUAUCCGCCACCCACCCGUCGACCUGCUGCUACCGUUAACUUGCCAAAAGCAUCUUCCAGCAAGCAGAACUACCCCACAUGAGCUUGAAGAACAUUGUGUGUUGUAUAAUGUGUUUGUCUGUUUGUUUCAACUUUUUUUGUUGUUCUUGUUUUCCUUUUGUGGUAGAUGGAGUGAGGUGUGCAGCACUCAUAUGUGAACAUGUCCAAAGUUAUGGGAAACAACCCAGCGUUCAUGAGGGUUUAUCAAGUUUUAAGGGAAUUAAAAAUGCAAAACCAGGAAAAAAAAGAGGUGGGAUACCAGUUUUUGUUUUUUGAGCUUUGUGGACAAACGCAAACUUUUAAAAGUCCUCGGAAACAGUCACGUCCAUUCAUUUAGUAUGCAGAUGUCAAGUCAAACAGUAGCCCACCCCUGCAGGGUGUGUUUUGGUUUCACGACGGCAGCGAAUCCUUUCAGACAUGAGAAUUGGUUCAAGCGUUGCUGUGUGUGUAUGUGUGAGAGUGCGUGUUUGUUUUAUUGCUGUCUGACAUUGGUCAGUGAGAGUCCUCUUUCAGUGGCAGAGAGGUCAAAACUGAUGUUGUAUGUUUAUUGUUAUUUACAUUUAAUGAUGACAAUGGUGAUGAUGAUAAUAAUAAUAAUACACUCCAUUCCAUAAGCGCACUCAAACAUAUUAAAGCACUGGUCCUGCUUAACUCAAA